AGAUGGAUAGAACGCCAAGGCGAGAUUGGGUUUCUGGAUCCAGGUUGAAGAAAUUCAAAACAAGAAAUGAGGCUUAAUCCUGUAAAAAAGAGCGGCGAUGAUACGAAAGGGAGGGGUGGCGGGGCCUUCCAGGCCAACCUCUGGCAGAGAACGGCGGCAGGGAUUACGGCGGGUAACCAAGGACGUGGAUGGAAUGCCGAUCUACAAGAAGGGGGACAAUUUGAGGUUGUUCCUGAGGGAGUUCGAGGAUUAUGCCUUCAGGAGGGAGUGGGACACCCCUACCAUGCUGCUCAAAGUGAUAGGAGUGGGGGAGUGUCAAUUAAAGAUUGAAGAGAUCACCACUGACUGUCUGGGGUGGAUGACCUUCAAAACGGAGAUGUGGGCUGAAUAUAGGGAUCUGAGGAGAGACGAGAUUGAGGAUGAUAUAAUCUUCAAUGAGACUAAUGUGGAGGAUUUUGAGGACAACAUUGCUCUGUGUGCAAAGAAGAAAAGGUGGAAGGAAGAGGAGAAGCUGGAACAGGUGGAGAAAAGGAGAUGACACUACCACAUCAUUCUAUCAAAAAAACAAGAAGUGAGGAUAAAAAGUUGUGUUGGUAUUCCAUGAAGGGGAUGCAUCUGAGGGAGGAAUGCGCAGGGUUUAAGUUUGACAAGGAAAAAAGUUUGGUAAGGUUGGAUGAGAACAAAAAGCUUAUUGACAG